CACGAAGUUGAUGUUUAUGUUUGUAAUGUAUGUGCGUGUUUGUCAUUGACCUUUGUAAUGUGCGCGUUUUGUACUGUAUGUACGGUCCACCGUGUGUUAGCAGUAUGAGAACAAACUUCAGAAAGAAAAUUGAAGACUUCAGCUUGGAAAUGAAGAGACAUUCAGUAUCUAAUAGAAGUGUUCACUACGAAUAACAACGGGAAUUUUGCAUCCGAAUUUGAAUUGAACUUCAAGAUAUCACUGUAUGCGUCGUUCCCAAGAAUUGUACCAUGCAGUCUUCGGGACAGAGACGUCUCCGUAUAAAUGCUGUGCGUGGGAAAUCAUGCUUCAUGUCUGAGAUCUUCGAAAGUCCGUAAUGCCACGCCGGUAUUGAUUGCACGUAUAUUUCGGAAAUUUAUUAUGUUCGCGUUACAGAAACACUUUUAAAUUUUGGAUCAAAAAGCUUGAAUCUGUAAUUUUAUCGUACAGUAUGUUAUUUCACUUUCUAAAGAACCUUGUGUUGCGUAUAUUAUGUGUGACGUGAAUACUUAGAAUUAGCAUAGUAUCUGUACGUUUCAGUUAUAUACGCAACAAAUUCUCUCUCUCUCUCUCUCUCUUUCGUACACAACAAUGGCGAGUUUUCCAAAACGUAAGGAGAUAUAUAAAUACGACGCACCGUGGCCUCUGUAUAGUGUGAACUGGUCUUUAAGACCAGACAAACGUUUCCGUCUAGCAUUGGGUAGUUUUGUGGAGGAAUACAAUAAUAAGGUACAGAUUGUGUCUUUAGAUGAAAAUGCAUCAUCAGAAUUCACUGCUAAAAGUACUUUUGAUCAUCCAUACCCCACAACCAAAAUAAUGUGGAUACCAGAUAGUAAAGGAGUGUUCCCCGACCUCCUCGCAACAAGUGGUGAUUACUUACGUGUGUGGCGGGCAGGAGAGCCAGAAACUAGGCUAGAAUGUGUGCUAAAUAAUAACAAGAAUUCGGACUUUUGUGCACCAUUGACUUCAUUUGACUGGAACGAGGUAGAUCAGAAUCUAAUUGGAACGUCUAGUAUUGAUACUACUUGUACAAUUUGGGGCCUAGAAACAGGGCAGGUAUUGGGCCGAACCAGUUCAGUGACAGGUCACGUAAAAACACAGUUAAUAGCCCAUGACAAAGAAGUUUAUGAUAUUACUUUCAGUCGUGCUGGUGGUGGUCGUGAUAUGUUUGCCUCGGUGGGUGCUGAUGGCUCAGUCAGAAUGUUCGAUUUACGACAUUUGGAGCAUUCAACCAUAAUAUAUGAAGACCCGCGACAUACACCACUUCUCCGUUUAGCGUGGAACAAGCAAGAUCCCAACUAUUUGGCUACAGUUGCAAUGGAUGCUACAGAAGUUAUAAUACUAGAUGUGAGGCUCCCAUGUGUACCUGUUGCACGGCUUAAUAACCAUAGAGCAUGUGUUAAUGGUAUAGCCUGGGCACCACACUCGUCUUGUCACAUAUGCACGGCAGGUGAUGAUCAUCAGGCCCUUAUCUGGGAUAUUCAGCAAAUGCCCCUGGCAAUAGAAGAUCCAAUUCUUGCCUAUACUGCUGCUGAAGGAGAAAUUAAUCAGAUACAGUGGGGUGCAACACAGCCUGAUUGGAUAGCCAUUUGCUACAAUAAAUGUCUAGAAAUUCUACGUGUAUAAACUGUUACAUACUUAAUGUAUUUCAGCAGUUAUUAAGCUAUUUCACAACACACUAACCAGGAAAAGUUUGUAACUUAAAAAUUGUGAUAUUUACUUUGUACAAAUAAGAUUUUAAAUCAUAUCGUUCCAAUAUUGAUAUCUUCCAUUAAAAUAAUACUCUGUACGUAUCACUGUUAUAAAUAUAAAUUUAGAAUUCAUUGACUAUGCAUUUCUAAGUUAAUUUCUGUAUGAAACUUGGCACUGAUAAAAUGGAGUUGAUUGUAACUUUUAGAACCCAUAUCAGAUCUUGCUCAUUUAGCAAGCUGUAGUUAGCACACACGGUGUAUUUUGUGAGAAGUCUGGCAUGACAAAUCUGCAAGAUUGAUAAAAGAUAAAAAUGGUCUCUGUGACUAGAAAAAAAUGUAAUGAUGUAAUGAGAGAAGUAGAUAUUCAGUAUACAUAUUUUGGCAGUGUGGAUUCUCUUUGCAUCAUACAUUUCAGGAAUAAAAUAGGUAGAUCAUGCAAAGUUCGUUAUUUGUAUUGCAAUUUCAGUGCCAAAUGUGUCUACUAAAUGUUGUAUGAGUUAAAUGAAAGUGUCAUUACCUUUACUAAUCAUAUUUAUAGGUUACAUUUUUGAAUCAGUCAGCACAGUAUGGUAAAAAACACAUGUAACUUGGACAUAUUCUGUAGAGUAUGCUGUAACAUCUGUGAUGUUAUGAUGUAAAUUUAACUGAUCUACCCUGUGUAUCCAGUACAUGCAUAAGCAAACAAAGCAGAAUUAUGAAUUGUAAGAUAACACAGUUAUCAUCUGUAUAAUAUAUAGGUAACAGACCAUUACAUUUCCUGAGAAACAGAGAUUUAUUACGUAUAACUAAAUUAUUCCUGAAUUUAACUUCAGCAUUUAUGUUCUUUAAAAAGGUCACAUAUUUUUUGUAAGAUUUGGUGAGAUGAAAACUAAUGACUAUACAACUAGUAUUACAUGUAACUAGCAGACAUUGUGUGACACUUGUAUAAAAUAUGACCAUAUCAAACUACAAUAUGGAAUUAAAAGUAGUGUUGCUGAAAUCAAGUGCUUUAAUGCAUUACGAAUACACUGUAUUUUGCUUCACAAUUGAAAUAUGUAGAUAUUCUUAUAAUCUAAAUAGUUUCAUUAAAAUUUGAGCAAAUGUGUACUGUCUUCAAAAGUGUAGGUGAUAACAGAUAUCAGUGGAUGUUUGUCAACUGCGAUGAACGUAAAUCUCAUUUUCUUGGAGCGUUUAUGUAACUGCUCUGGAUAGAUGGCAGUCUUUAUGUGAGAGAUUAUUCUUAUUCCUGUGUUUCUUCUUUCAUAUUUCUCAUGAGAAACUUUCAGAAUUUAACUAUCCUACAUUAACUAAUAUAGUAUAUUCUCUGAUCUCAAGAUAGGUCCAAACAUUUCUUGUUGGUUCACACCUUUCAGUAAAUUUAUGUUUCUGUCCUUUCUAUAGUGUGAAUUUUAAUUAUGGAUUUUUUUUUUUUUUUUGCUCAGACAAUGAUAUAUCGUAGUUUAGCCAGCCAUAGCAAAUGCUAAAUCAUAAAUCAGUGUAUCAUGUUGAACUCUUUUAGUGCCUGAUGAAUCACAUUUGCAUUGAUAGUGCAUAUCUGUUUUCGUAAAAUUGUUCUGUGUCAUGUUGGUACUGGUACCAACAUUUCAACUGCUUUUGCAAAUGGCAAAACUGCAACAAAAUUUUACAACAUGGCAUGGUCUGUAACCCAGAGCAAUAUUAUGAAAAUUGACACAGGCUAUGAAAUGCUACAAAAUCACAGUUGUAUCCAGCCUUGAGCAAAGUUUUAUAUGUUCUAAAAGUAGAUUAGUCCCUCAUUAGAUUAUCAGUUCAUAUUCUAAAAGAGGAUUUCACUUGUCAGAGAAAUAGAGGAGGUGAUAACAUUUGACAUUGUUUUGAGUGAGUGUAUUGAAUGAUGUUUCCCUUGUUGUUUCUUCAAUUUAUUAGAAGUUAAGUAUUGUUCUUUCUUAUUCUUGUCAUGUAAGCCUUGUAUGUUGGUUAAUCAGUUCAAGUAUGAUGUACCAGUACAUUGUGUGAUAUGUCAUUGAUUUUACAAGAGCUGCCAUUUACAUAUGGUCAUUUGUAGCAACAUUCAGACUGUUAACAGUGCUGCAUGUGAUUUCGUGUAAUUACAUAUGUGCAUAUGCAAACCACUCAUAUCUAGUCAAAAAUUAGUAUAUAGCAGAGAAGGGAUUCACUAAGAGGAACAAUCUGAAUAUGCUUAGGAAAGUAUUUUUGCGAAUUGUCAUAUAUUUUUUAAUACUCGGCAUUGUAAUUGAGAGGGAUUCAGUGGAUAAUAGUUAGGCAGUUUGUUUAUUACAAUAAUGUAUUUAUAUGCUCUUAUCUUGUGUUUGAGCUAUGUUGAGUUGUUAAUAAAGUCUUAAAUUGAAAGUUG